ACCACAACCAUCCUCAUCACCACAACCACCACCAUCACCACCACCACAACCAUCCUCACCACCACCACCACAACCACCACCAUCCUCAUCACCACCAUCAUCGUAUCGUCUCCCGCCGUGGACAUGACGGACGUGCUGGAGUUUAACGAGGUGUUCCAGGAGGUGAAAGGAGUCAUGAUGGACGGCCGUCUGCGCCUGGGGCGCCAGGGCGUGGUGUUCAAGAACCAGCGCACGGGCAAAGUGGACUCGGUGUCGGGUGCCGAGCUCAGCGAGGGCCUCUGGCGUAGGGUGGCACGCGGGCACGGACUCCGACUCAGCACGCACGCGGGCAUGGUGCACAAGUUCCACGGGUUCAGAGACAACGAGUUUGAGAAACUGGCAGUCUUCUUUAGAACUCACUACAAGUUGGAGCUGCAGCAGAAGGAGCUUUGUGUCAAGGGGUGGAACUGGGGCUCCGUGAAAUUCGCAGGCCAGCUGCUGUCGUUUGACGUGGGUGACGUCACCUCGUUUGAGAUCCCGCUGGGCACGGUGUCGCAGUGCGCCACCGGCAAGAACGAGGUGACGCUGGAGUUCCACCAGAACGACGACACAGAUGUCUCCCUCAUGGAGGUGCGCUUCUACGUGCCUCCCGGCCAGGAGGGAGGGGCGGACGCUGUGGAGGUGUUCUCCCAGAGCGUGCUGUCCAAGGCGGACGUGAUCCAGGCGACGGGCGACGCUCUGUGCAUCUUCCGCGAACUCCAGUGCCUCACCCCGCGCGGCCGCUACGACAUCCGCAUCUACCCCAGCUUCCUGCACCUGCACGGCAAAACCUUCGACUACAAGAUCCCCUACACCACCGUCCUGCGUCUCUUCCUGCUGCCGCACAAGGACCAGCGGCAGAUCUUCUUUGUGGUGAGUCUGGACCCGCCAAUCAAACAGGGGCAGACUCGGUACCACUUCCUUAUCCUGCUCUUCAGCAAAGACGAGACCGACACACUCACCAUUAGCAUGUCCGAGGAGGAGCUGGCUAAGCGGUUUGAGGGCAAGCUGCAGAUGGAGAUGACGGGACCCUUGCACGAGCUGGUGGGGCGCAUCAUGAAGGCGCUGGUCAACCGCAAGAUCACCGUGCCUGGCACCUUCCUGGGACACGCGGGUUCGAGCUGCAUCACGUGCUCGUACAAGGCGAGCUCGGGCUUUCUGUACCCGCUGGAGAGAGGCUUCAUCUACGUCCACAAGCCACCGAUACACGUGCGCUUUGACGAGAUCUCCAGCGUCAACUUCGCUCGCGGCAACACCACCACCCGUUCGUUCGACUUUGAGGUGGAGACGCGUCAGGGCCACGUCUACACCUUCAGCAGCAUCGAGCGUGAGGAGUACGGAAAACUUUUUGACUUCGUCAACGGAAAGAAACUGAACAUCAAAAACCGCGGUCUCAAGCAGGGAAUGGUGAAGUAUGACGAGGAGCUGGUGGACUCUGAUGACGAGGAGCACGACGCCUACCUCGUCCGCAUGAAGGAGGAGGGGAAGAUCCGGGAGGAGGCCGGAGACUCAAACAACUCGGGGGAGUCGACCGAUGAGUCGUUCAACCCUGGCGAUGAGGAGGAUGAUGUGGCAGAGGAGUUUGACAGUAAUGCUGAGAGCAGCGCGUCCAGCGACGAUGACGAUGAGGACGAGGAGGAGGAGGAGGAGGAGGGGGAGAAGAGGAAGAGGAAGAAGCCCGCCAGGAAAGAGGUGAAGUCGCAAGAGAAGCCGAGCAGGAAGGCGGCGUCCAGCAGAGCGAAGAGGAGCGAGGAUGGAGGGAAACGUGCCAAGGGGGAGGGUAAGAAGCGGAGGGAGAAGAAGGCCAAGGACCCUGCCGCUCCCAAGCGGCCCCAGUCGGCCUACUUCCUCUGGCUCAACUCAAGCCGAGAGCGAAUCCGCUCGGAGAACCCUGGCAUAGCCCUCACUGAGCUAUCGCGCAAGGCGGGGGAGCAGUGGCAGAGCAUGGGGGCAGACGUCAAGAAGGAGUGGGAGCGGAAGGCCGACGAGGGCAAGCGAGAGUACGCGGCGGCCAUGACAGAAUACAGGAGCAGCGGAGCAGCUGAUGCACACAAGGAGCUGAUGAGCCGCAGGGAGAAGCCCUCCUCCCCACCUCCCUCGUCGUCCUCCUCCAAGAAGACCUCGGGCACCUCGUCGUCACGGAAGCCCAAGGCGGCCGCCGCCGCCACCUCGUCGCCCAUCGUCGCCAAGAGCAAGGAGUACGUGUCCAGCAGCAGCGGCAGCAGCAGCAGCAGCGGCGGCGACGACGACGAUAGCGACGGCGAUGGCGACAGCCAGGCGAAGAAGAAGAAGGAGAAGGAGGUGGCGGCCAAGAAGGAGGUGGCCAAGAAGGAGGUGGCGGCCAAGAAGGAGGUGGCCAAGAAGGAGGUGGCCAAGAAGGAGGCGGCGGCCAAGAAGGAGGUGGCCAGGAAGAGGCCGGCGGCGUCGCCUGCGGGGAAGAAGAAAAAGCAGAAGAAGGGGGGCGACAGCAGCGAGGGUUCUGAUGAUGAUGAUGAGAUGGAGGAGGAGGAGGAGGAGGCGGUGAGCACCCCCUCAUCGUCAAAGUCAGACGACGACUGAAGAGAAGGCUGGAGCCAGCGUCAUCAUCGCCAUCGUCAUGACAUCAUGUGAUCAUAU